AUGCCCUGCCCUACACCAGCUGCAAAGGCCAACAGUGUCCCCCGCAUCGUGGUCGGCAUCACAGGCGCAACAGGCACCCUCUACGCCAUCCGGAUCCUCCAGAUCCUCCGCGCCCUCGAGGUCGAAAGCCACCUGGUCAUCUCCAAGUGGGCGCUCGCGACCAUGAAGUACGAGACAUCCCUCACGGAAGCCCAGGUCCGCGCCUUGGCCUCCGUCUGCUACACAGCCAAAGACGUCAGCGCGCCCAUCGCCAGCGGCUCCUUUCAGCACGACGGCAUGAUGAUUGUACCGUGCAGCAUGAAGACGCUGAGCGCCGUCCGGACGGGCUUCUGCGACGACCUCAUCUCCCGCGCGGCGGACGUCAGUCUCAAGGAGAACAGGAAGCUGGUCAUGGCUGUGCGCGAGACGCCGCUGAAUGAUAUUCAUCUGGAGAAUAUGCUCUUCUUGCGGCGGGCGGGGGCGUGCAUCUUCCCUCCUGUGCCGUCGUUCUAUAACCGCCCCGAGACGUUGGAGGAUAUGGUGGACCAGACGGCAGGUAGGAUGCUGGACCAGAUGGGCAUUUUCACGGAAGGUUUUGAGAGGUGGGAAGGGUUCCAGUGGAAUAAGAAGGUGGAAGAGGACAGGCCGAAAGCGGCCGUUGGGUAUUCGUAG